AUGUCGUUCAGAAAAGAAUACCCAGCAGUCUACGCCGGCAACGUACACCGGGACCUAAGUGCUUCACAUCUGUCCCACAUCUUUGCGCCUCUCGGGUCCUUUCAGCUGCUAACCCACGACAACGGACGGUCGAAAGGUUGGGGCUUUCUCUGCUUCGCAAACGACAGAGACGCUGGACGCGCCUAUACCUACCUUCUCAAAGCACGAUUGAUGAUCCGCGGUCUGACGCUCGAAAUCGGCCACAAUGUGCGAACCUGGGGAACCACAGACGCGAAUUUGGCACGCCGCAUAGACAGUAUGCUCGCAAACGCAUACCCUCCCACAGCACCAGCCGAAAUCAAGGCGCGCAUCGCAAAGCUCAGCCAUUCUGUCUUCGUUGGCAAUCUGCCGGAAGCCGUCAGCAAGAAAGACUUACACGACCUUUUCGCCGACUGCGGCGAGAUCGCAAGCGCAUUCGUCGCGCUGAACAGGAACCGCGAGUGCCUCGGGUACGGCUUCAUCGACUUCAACGACAAAGACUCUGCUGAGACUGCGGUCGAGCGGCUUCAUGGGAUCGAGUGGCGCGGAAAGAUCAUUCGGGUCGACAUCGGCGAGGACGUGAAUCGGAACGUCGAGUGGCCAUUCUCUGCUCCUGCUGCACCCAAGACCACCAUUGCUGCUGCUCCUGCUACCAGCGCCGUCACCAAUCCAGCGCCUUGGUCUGCGGUCAUCGCGCAGCGUGCUCCAGCUGCACCGACAACAGCAGCAGCAGCAAGCACCGCGACCGCCCGGCCCCCUCCUCCCACGGCCAUCGUCCCAGCAAUUCCCGUCGCUCCUCGCGUGGCAAUUGCCGCAGCAUCAGCAGCGAAGUCCUCUCAGGAGGCCCUGAACGACACGAUCCGCCUCAUUGCGCCCAAUCUCCUGCAGAUCGCCCUGGCAGUGAACGAGGUGGAUGGUCUGGGUGUGGGAGUGGGAGUAGAAGAAGCCAAGAAUAGGUUGCUGCAGAGCGACCUUCUGCGCAAGGCAGUGAAGGACAUGGUGGGCAAAGUGAAGCAGAAAGAGUGA